CAUCUAAAAAGUAGGCUAUGGUUAAUAUUUAUCUUACGAUACUAUUGUCUGAAAAACAAUACAGAGCAAGACGUUCUGUUACAAGUACCAAAAAAUGCGUGUUGUAAUAGUAACAUUGUUAGCCUUUUUGGGCCUUACAACUGGUACCAGUUAUGAAGGCUUUAAAGUUUAUAAAGUUUUGCCCAAAACAGAACUCCAAAAUGCAUAUUUACAAGAAUUGGAAUCAAGUCCAGAUUUCGAUUUCUGGUCAAAACUCAACAAAGUUGGUGCUCCAGUUGUGAUUAUGGUGGCACCAAAUGUCCAAAAAGCAUUCGAAAGUUAUUUAACAAGACAUGAAAUUGAGUUUGAACUAACAAUUGAAAAUGUGGAACGGACGAUCCAAGCGGAAAAAUCCUACCACACAACUCGCCAAGCUCGAAAAUCAACCGGCAUAACCUUCGACCACUACCUCCGCCACGAUGAAAUCAACGCGUACUUAACCCAACUGGCACAAACCAACCCAUCCCUUGUCACCGUUGAAACCAUUGGGCAAUCGUACCAAAACCGCUCAAUGAACCUUAUUCGCAUCUCCUCUGGCACGACAAACCCUCCAAAACCGGUCAUUUUCAUAGACGCUGGCAUACAUGCCAGAGAGUGGAUUGCUCCAGCUCUUGCCCUUUACGUCAUCAACCAAUUGGUUGAAAAUCCCGAAAAUUCAAACCUUUCAAAAGAUAUUGACUGGAUCAUCCUCCCUAGUGUUAACCCAGAUGGUUACGAAUACACCUGGACCACUAACCGUCUCUGGCGUAAAACCAUUUCACCAGGUCUAGUGUGCGACGGUUGUGACGCAAACCGCAACUUUGAUUUCCAUUGGAUGGAAUCAGGUGCUAGUAACUGGGAGUGCUCAGACACCUAUGCUGGGAAAAAAGCCUUCUCUGAGAUUGAAACGCAAAAUUUGAAAAACUAUCUCCUCAAAACGCCAAAUAUUGAAGCUUACAUAACUUUACACAGUUAUGGGCAAUACUUGUUGUACCCUUGGGGUUACAUUGAUAAGCUUUGUGAUAACUGGAAGGAGUUGGAUCAGUUGGGCCAUGACAUGGAUAAGGCGAUUAGUGCCGUUAAUGGGACUACAUAUACCAUUGGAGGGUCCACUGCAACACUGUAUGCAGCAGCUGGGGCUAGUGACGACUGGUCGAUGGGUGUGAGGAAUGUUAGUAUUGUGUACACGUGGGAGUUGCCAGGAGGUGGUACUUAUGGGUUUGAUUUGCCUCCAGAAAGGAUUGAAGGAGUUGUGAAGGAGUCGUUUGAGGGGGUUAAGGUUUUGGCUAAUUUUGUUGCCAAAAAUAGGAAAUAACCCAAUGAUAAAACUUAUCUAUGAAAAGUUGUAGAUAGGAGAUGUUUGUCAAAUGAUAAUAAACCGAUAACAAAUGUUUUAUUAUUGUAUUCACAAA